UGGCUUUUCCCACUUGGUCUACAUACUGGUUUCUGUUGUUCUCAGAGACACACUGAGACCUUUCACAUCUCACUGUCACUUCUUGGAAGGGCUCUCUACCUCGUCUGCCUGCUGAGCAACCUCUUGGGGAGACGCAGGCCCUCUUGAGUCACUGAACUUGAGCUAUUUGGUGUUGAUGUUGGAAUUUCUGAUGAAUCUGCAGUCAGCAUUUUGCAUGAACUGUGUGUGGAUUCAUUGCCUACAUUGGAUGAUGAAGACUUGAGUGUUGCUACUAAGGCCCUGGUGUGUGAUGUUCCCCAUCCUGUGUCCAAGUGUUCUCAUUGUUCAGUUCCCACCUAUAAGUGAGAACAUGUGGUGUUUGGUUUUCUGUCCUUGCAACAGUUUGCUCAGAAUGAUGGUUUCCAGCUUCAUCCGUGUCCCUACAAAGGACAUGAACUCAUCAGUUUUUAUGCUGCAUAGUAUUCCAUGCAAUGUGUCCCCGAGAAAGUGUCAGAGCCUUUACGUGGACCUUCUCAUGAAAAAGGAAACAGAAUAGUCAAUGGAAAAGGAAAAGGGCCUCCUGCAAAACAUCCUUCCUUGAAGCCUAGCACUGAAGUGGAAGAUCCUGCUGUGAAAGGAGCAGUACAAAGAAAGAAUGUACAGACAUUGAGAGCAGAACAAACCUUACCAGUGGCUUUAGAGGAAGAGCAAGAAAGGUGUGAAAGAAGUGAAAAGAAGCAAUCACAGGUCAAAGAAGGAAAUAAUACAAACAAAAGUAAAAAAAUACAUCUAUCAGAAAAUGUAUGUCAUAGUACAUCUUCUGCUGCUGCUGACAGAUUAACCAAACAAAGAAAGGUUGGGAAAACGUAUCCUCAGCAAUUUCCCAAGAAACUGAAGGAAGAGCAAGAUAGAUGCAUCUUAAGACAAGAAAGUGAAGAAAAAACAAAUGUUAAUAUGCUGUAAAAAAAUAGAGAAGAAUUAGAAAGGAAAGAGAAACAAUAUAAGAAAGAAGUUGAAGCAAAACCACUUGAACCAACUGUUCAAUCACUAGAGAUGAAACUGAAGACUACAAGAAAUACUCCAAAUCAGAUAAAUCAAUCUUUGGAUUUUCAUAAUCACGAAGAAAUGAAAGAUCUGAUGGAUGAAAAUUGCAUUUUGAAGACAGAUAUUGCUAUACUCAGACAGGAAAUAUGCACAAUGAAAAAUGACAACCUGGAAAAAGAAAAUAAAUAUCUUAAGGACGUUAAAAUUGUGAAAAAAAUAAAUGCUGCCCUUGAAAAGUAUAUAAAACUCAAUGAGGAAUUGAUAACAAAAACAGAAUUCCGGUAUCAACGAGAGCUUAAUGAUCUCAAAGCUGAGAAUACAAGGCUCAAUUCCGAACUGUUGAAGGAAGAAGAAAGCAACAAAAGACUGGAAGCUGAAAUUGAAUCUCAGUCUAGACUGACUGCUGCUAUAAGUAAACACAGUGAAAAUGUGAAAACAGAAAGAAACCUAAAACUUGCAUUAGAGUGAACACAAGAUGUUUCCGUACAAGUAAAAAUGAGUUCUGAUAUUUCCGAAGUAGAAGAUAAGAAUGAGUUUCUUACUGAACAACUUUCUAAAACGCAAAUUAAAUUCAAUACCUUAAAAGAUAAGUUCCGUAAGAAAAGAGAUACUCUCAGAAAAAAGUCAUUGGCUUUAGAAACUCCAAACGACCUAAGCCAAACACAGCAGCAAAUAAAGGAAAUGAAAGAGAUGUAUGAAAAUGCAGAAGCUAAAGUGAAUAAUUCCACUGGAAAGUGGAGCUGUGUAGAAGAGAGGAUAUGUCAACUCCAACAUGAAAAUCCGUGCAUUGAACAGCAACUAGAUGAUGUUCAUCAGAAAGAGGAUCAUAAAGAGAUAGUAACUAAUAUCCAAAGAGGCUUUAUUGAGAGUGGAAAGAAAGACCUCAUGCUAGAAGAGAAAAAUAAGAAGGUAAUGAAUGAAUGUGAUCAUUUAAAAGAAAGUCUCUUUCAAUAUGAGAGAAAGAAAGCAGAAAGAGUAGUAAGUAUCAAGGAAGAUAAAUAUUUUCAAACUUUUAGAAAGAAAAUUUAA